AUGGUUGCUGGAGAUGUCCUUCACGGAUCUCCCUUUCCUGAAGACUGCUUACGUGUGGCGAUUGAUGAGGUUGUUGAUGAUAAUGCACGAUUACCCAAACCUAUUUCAGAUGACAUGGUUACAGUGGGAAAUGCAUUAGGAACCCAUGUAGCAUGGCCUACUCAUUUGGUGGUGGAGAAAUCAAUUGAGAAACCUGAUAAGAAGACACGUGGAAAAAAGAUUUUGAAAGAGUCCGCGGUGAAGAAUUUGUCAUCAUUGCCUUCAUCAUUGGUAGCACUAUAUUGUAUGAUGGAGAAGUCAUUCGCGGGUGAAGGAAUACGUCUUCCAAUAGACUUUGAAAUGUUUGGGCAAGAUCUAAGCGUUUGGAUUCUCUUGAAGGAUGAUGUGAUUCCCUUUUGUAAUCUGGAACCGAUUACAGGGAACAGCAUUAUCGCAUACAUUUGCCAUUCUUAUGGAAAGAUGAAGACAGAGGGAAGUCUUGGGAGGUUUAUGUUUGUGAAUCCAUUUACUGUAUCUCAUAAUCGACAAGACUCAACCGAGACAAGAGCCCGCAAACUAGCAGACAGGUUACUUCAGGCUUUAUCAAAUCAGCUGGUACUCGUUCCUUGCAACGUGGGGUAA